AUGUCGGUAAGAAAUCGUACGGCACCCGGUCCCGACAGAAUAAGACCGGAACACCUGAAGAGCCUUCCGCCAGUUCCUAAACAGUGGAAGACCAGCAAGACCGUGUUGUUGUAUAAAAAGGGAGAUCCACAUGACAUCGGCAACUAUCGUCCAAUCUGCCUACUGUCCGUCAUCUACAAGCUCUUUACAAGAGUGAUCCUUAAUAGGAUUGAAAAAGUCCUGGAUGAAGGACAGCCAUGCGAGCAAGCAGGGUUUCGAAAAGGAUUCAGCACGAUUGACCACAUUCACACUGUUUCGAAACUCAUCGAGGUAUCACGAGAGUACAAGAUGCCGCUCUGUCUCACCUUCAUCGACUUGAAAAAGGCCUUCGACUCAGUUCAGACGGAAGCGGUCGUGGAAGCCUUGGACAACCAAGGUGUCCCUACUCAGUAUAUAAAGGUACUUCGAGAGUUGUACAGUAACUUCACGACCAUAAUUUCGCCAUUCUACAAGAACAUCAUCAUUGACGUGAAGAGGGCGGUCCGACAGGGUGAUACAAUUUCACCCAAAAUAUUCACAGCCACCCUCGAGAACGCAAUGCGAAAGUUGGAAUGGGACGACAUGGGAGUGAAGGUUGAUGGUCGGCAGCUACACCAUUUGCGCUUUGCUGAUGACAUCGUACUGAUAACACCUAGCAUCAGCCAAGCGGAACGAAUGCUGACCGAAUUCGAACAUGUGGAUGCAUCGGUCUUCAGCUGA